AUGGCCGACUCAGUAGGACCGUCCUCCAUCCCUCCGUCCAUCGACCCCAGCGUCUUCGCCGCGUUGCCGCUUGACAUCCAAGAGGAGCUCCUCUCCCUACACAACACCAGCGAUGCCACUGCGCCAUUAACGCGCUCCUUCUCCGGUCCAGACGAGGUUCAGGACGCCUGGACCUGUCGCGUCUGCACGUUCCUCAACCACCCGGAGCUCGCGGAGUGCGAAAUGUGCGGUACCCUAUGCAUAGCUCUGGAAUCCGGUCUUGAUGGUCUACAGGACGCAGGAUCUCCAGGAUCACAGUCAGAGUCGAGACUAGGACGUACACUACGCAAACUCCGCGUGCCCCCUACACCCGCCACCGUCAGCUUCUCGCAGAAGAGAGAACCUACCGCUGAAGAUCUUCUAGUGGCAGCUACAAGCAAGUUUCAAUCCGUUAAAGAAUCGUGGAAAGGACGACGAUCUAGGACCAAUUCUACAGUGCAGGACAAGAACGGUCCUGCAGGAUUUCCGUCGCUGCAGUCCAUGAGAGAACUCACAGAGCUGCAGAAAGAUCUGACACAGAAAGUUUCAGCAGGAGACGAGUGGUUUGAGGCCGCUUUGGAGAGAUUGUGGAGAGCUGUGGGCGGCAGGACGCAGGACGAGAAAUAUGACAGACAAGACGUGGACUGGGUGAAGCUGGGGUUCCAGAAUGCCAGUCCCGAGACGGACUUUAGAGGAGGAGGCGUGCUGGCUAUGAAGUGUCUGUUGUACGCAUUUGAAGCGCAUCCGAUGGAGAUGAGGGCGAUUCAUUACGAGCAGAUGCCGGACUCGCAGGACGGGAAACACAAGAAGAGAUGGUACCCGGUCUGUGUUGCUGGUAUCAACUUGACGUGUUUGUUGGCGGGGUUAUUGCAACUUGGAGACGGGAGAUUUGCAGACAAGAAGGAGACAUUCUGGCAGCUUUUUGAAGAGCCUGCUGCGUUCUAUGAACUCUUCUUCUUGGCUUUUAUGAAGAUGGACGCGAUCUGGCAUCGCCUUAACGCGACGUAUAUGGAGUUUGGAGUGGUGCUCAAGGUGACGCGCAAGUCAGUCGUUUUUAUGCUGGAGCAGGCUCCAGCCACGUUGAUGGAUUUGCGUGAAGCGAGCGAUCAAGCGUUUUUGGACCGGUUUGUCGUAAGUCUCUCGACCCGUUCUCUCGCUGAUUGGGAAGGUGGUGAAUGUCCCGAUCCGAACAAUUCGCUGGAGACGGAAGACGCUCUAGUGAUAGCAAAGACGCGUGCCGCUCCCAAAUCGGCACCUACCACCACAGGCAACGCGUUUUGGCCUCUACGUUAA